AUGUACGGGAACCUCACCCGUGCUGGCGAAUUCCCCUCUCAUUACACCAAUGAGGGUUUGCCGUUUGAAAAUCGCAAAAGCACAAUCGUAGGCGUGAUUGCGUCUGGAUUGGUUGUGGCUUGGUUUUGCGUCGGCCUCAGAAUAUUUGUGAGAGUGCGGAUCGUACGAGCACCUGGUUGGGAUGAUGCCGUCGUCUUGCUAGCAUUACUUGCCGGUUCAGCCAGCGCGAUAGGACUUGCUCUCGGAACCAACUAUGGCAUGGGGCAUCCUUUCAAAGAAGUCCCUGAUAGCGACAGAGAGAUGUUUUUUCUCUUAUUUUACAUGUCCAACGCGUCAUUUUCCACCUCAAACGCCCUGGUUAAACUGUCGAUCCUAUUACAGUACCUCCGAUUAUUCAAAGACCGCAUGCGAAAUCUUAGAGUUGCAACAACGGUGCUGAUUGUCAUCGUCUCGAUCUGGGGCUUCGCUUUCUCCUUCAUGGCAUGGUUCCCAUGCUUCCCAGUCCAGCAGUUCUAUCGCCUAGGCUCAGAAUCGAACUGUUACGGAUACGGCUCCACCAACUCGAUGGAAGUUUACAACGUAGUCGUGUCAUCUAAUGCGACGAAUAUGGCUUUGGACUUUAUCAUUCUUGUCCUGCCUAUCCCUCUCUUGUUUAGCGACGAUACUAUUCGACGGACAAAACUGGGGCUGAUGGGGUUAUUGUUCAUCGGGGCAUUAAUCAAUGUUAUAGCAGGAGGACGCAUCGUUGCCAACAGAUCAACAUCAGACCGAGAGUCCGACCCGACGAAAUCCUUCCCGACGAUCAUACUAUUGGGAGAAACCGAGAAUCGGUUGUCACUGGCGUUGGCGUCAAUCCCAGUCUUUUGGCCCGUCGUCACCAAGACAUGGAACAACUUUAUUUACGUUACGCGCGAGGUCAAGGUUGAGAGUACGUCAAGGGACUUUUCGAAUCAAUUGGAAUUGGGUCGAAUCAGCCCGAGAGAUUAUCACGGUGGGAUGGCACGAAUUACUACGGAAGACGAGACGACGGAGGCCGGACUUCGACAUCCUGGGCGACUUGGAGAAAUGGACCGAUACGUCAGGCAGCUGAUCAGUCCGUUUGCCGAGAAUCAGAAGGAUGACUCUACUACUCUGACAACGGAACUUAACCGUAGCUUCACAGAGGAGUUGGAAGGGCAUAAUCUGGACUUUGAGACCAUGCCGGAGAUGGCUAGAUCCAGGGGACCGUCGAUGAACGUGGAGUCACGGGGUCCUCCAAUAGCGGCUGGUGGACAGAAGGCGGGGCAUGACCGGUUCAACGUACAUAACACAGAGAAUGUUUGA